AUGGUGCGUGUGCCCGGCGCGCUCGUCGUCGGGCGGCAGUUCAUCCCGCCGCCCGGUACGCAGGUAGAGGGCAUCACGAGCGGCGGGGCGACGGGGUACAAGGGGCAUGGGAAGAAGCUGGGGAGAUUCGUAGAGCUUUUUGUGAUCGAGCCCGGGGAGGCGUCAGGGUCAUACCUGGUGGCGAAGCAGGAGCUGUACGUGCAGAAUUUUUGGUCCCACGUUUUCUCCCCGGGUCUCGUCUCCGGCUCUUCUUCCUCUGCGUUCACAGCUGUCUCUUCCUCCCCUCCCACGACUGGGUCCGUCGUCCCUCUCCUGCUCGCUCCGUCUCUCCCAUUCCUAGCGUCCACUCUAUGCUCCUCCGUUUUCGCGUCUCUCGUGCUCCGCCACCCGCUGUUUUCCCGUCACCUCCAUCGCCCCUUGCUGUCUCCUCUCCUCCGUUCUCUGGCUCCCUUUACAGUCUCCUGUGUCCUUUCCUCCCUCGUUACCGACCCCACUGCUCCUCCUCCGCCCAUCUUUGCUCUUGUCGCCGCUGUAGCUGACCUUGCCUCUAUCCGCUGCCUUGAGUACGCCACUAAGUUGGUCUAUGAAGGCCAAAGAGAUAUUCAGUAG